AUGUUUCUAGCGGAGAUAGAGAAUAAACGACAUAAAACUUUAUGGUCCAAAUCAGUGAUUGCACUUCAGGCAGUAGCAGAAGGAAUUAAUUUUUCGGUACGAGAAGAUGGAGUCUCACUUUCAGCUAUCAAUUUAAGCAGGACUUCACAUGGUGAGAUUUUUUUCAAACGACUGUUUUUUAGCAAAUAUGAGGUGGACUUUAGUAAUGUGAUGCAAGAUGGAUUUGCACCAAAGACUGCAAUCACUCCGUCUCCCUCAUACUCUUUCUUGAUUAACUCGCGUCAUUUGGCAACACUUUUUCGCAAUUUGGAUUCCAAUGGAUUGAAAUACAUUCUACUACGCGUUAAUUGGAAUAAAAACGCAUCGCAUACCGUAAAGUACAAACUACUAAUAGAGAUAAAGAACAAAAAGAUGAUUAUCAAGAAAUAUCAAACGGGCUAUUUACCAAUUAGCAAAAAAGAACUUUCCGUUGCAACAACGUAUAAAGAAGACUAUUCCAGGCAAACAAGUAACAAUAGAGGCGAUGUGAAUAGGGUGCACCAUAUCAUGAUAGAUUUGGUUAUUCCCCGACAAUUUUUGGAGAUGGUGCCGACUUCUGCCGAGGAUUUCAAAAUUGACAUUAAGAACGACAAGAUUCUGUUUGGUGGAUUUACAAAACAAAUCAUCAAAGACCGCGAUUAUAUAAAACAGCCCAUGGCUGUUACUGUUACCAUCAAUCUUGAAGAACUUGCCGAUAGUAAUCUUGUACCGAACGACACACUCGAUCAACCAGAACCAGCUGCUAGAGUAUUAGUCAAUUUUGGAAUGCGCGAUUUCAGAAAUUUCCUAACACUUGUGGGAUACUUUACAUCGUCUGCAUCUUCUUAUGUUGAUCAGUUUGACGAAGAGUAUGCGAACUUGGGAAACCAAAACGACUAUUUCCACAUCUAUUUUCGUCAACCGGGUGAUCCAAUUUUAUUUGAUUUCCAGAGCACUCUGCAUGUAGAUGUGCAAUUCAUACAAAUCACGGCUGGUGAUAAGAGCGUAGAAGAUGGCAGGGAAAUCGAUCCUACUGUUUUAAGGAACAGAAUGACAUUAGAGGCACCAAUUGUACAUCGUGUUGCUCAAAGCAAAGAGUUGGAUGCCAUAAGAGAAGGUGAAAGGACUACAUCGGCAACAGAGCAACCCCAAUCACCGCCCAACUUGCCCUCCCGUUCACGUCCACGUUCACGUUCACGUUCUGACUCUCAUUCCCUUUCUCGUUCUAGAUCAAGAUCUGCUUCUCCGGAAUCUAUGAGACGUUUUGCUUUUGGGCGACUGCUUCUUGCCAACGAGGGUAUCGAUCGCACCAUUUUAAAGCCACUUGCCGCUGUGCAUAAUGAAACAGAUCGUCGCUCCUUUUCAGAGCCACUGCAAGACGUUAUUACUUAUGAUCAAAGUAAUCAAGGCCGUUUCGACAAUGAUACAGAAUAUAGUGAUUCAGAAGAAGAGGCGGCUCCUCCGUUAAAAAGAAGAUUGAUUGAAAAUGAAGAAUACGGCCCAACACAGGUUGAAAAAGCCAAAUCCAUAUUUUAG